CCAAAGAUCGCGCCUGCGAUCCAACAUCAGGCUGAGGAACUCAAGCGUGCCAAGUUGGAGACAGCGUUGGCCCACAAGAUCGAGAACCGUCCUCCAGUGUCGGAGCUCAUUGAUCACAAUAUCUUACAUGCCUCGAAUGUGGCACCUGCAUUGCAAAGCAAGGAGGCCGAGUUGAAGCGAUCACAGCUCGAGGAUGUUUUGAAAACCAAGAUCCAGGAACGCCCUUCGCCCGAUGCGCUUGUUGAGAAGCACAUCCUUGAAGAGGGCCAGGUUGCAUAAGGGAUCGGUUGAUGUUGUUUGUUGAAGCGUAGGAACAAGGAGACAGAGGAUAUUCGACGGCGUUUUUAUUUUAUUUUUUUAUUAUUGGCUUUGCAAAGGACGGUUGAUAGUUGAGAAGGGACAGGAAAGAGUGUAUCAAAAGCUAUGGAGUUGUCUGUACAUCGCGUCGAGAUAAAGUAUAUAUGCCACACUUUUGCUUGAGAAAAAAAAGUUGAAUCUGGCUCAUCUGAACGACGACGACAAGAAUCAGAGCAGAGCUGUACACAAUGAUGUCGUUCCUCAAUCAUCAUCAUCCAAACCCUUUUCAAACCGUGCCGUGU